AUGGAUGUCGGAGUUGGGGGAGCGAAAUCUAAAAGUACUAACAAUGUGAAGACCAGCGGCCAAAUUCUCUCAAAGCGCCUUCAUGCCGAGCUUUCCCAGCUUCUUACUGAUCCAAGCUGUAUGAGCGCUGGCAUCUCUGCUUUUCCCGAUGGCGAAAAUUUCUUCAAGUGGGCUGGUACAAUUCACGGACCGUCUGAUAGUCCUUACGAAGGGAUGGAACUGAAAUUACAAAUGGAAUUUUCUGAUGAGUACCCCUUGAAGCCGCCAAAUUGCAAGUUCACGUCUCCCGUUUGGCACCCCAAUGUUGACAUGGCAGGAAGAAUAUGCCUCGAUAUUCUGAAUGAAAAGUGGUCUGCUGCUAUGGAUAUUCGCGGACUUCUUCUCAGCUUGCAAUCACUCUUGAAUGAUCCCAAUCCCAACUCGCCACUGAAUGCCCAAGCAGCCAAUCAAUGGGUAAAAGAAAGAGAGUCAUACAAUCUCAAAGUAAAGGAACACUUCAAAUCAAAGUCAACUAACUGA